UUUUCAAAAAAAUCUAUCAAAAAAUACAAAAUGGAAUAUCAAGGAUAUUUCAUUUGCCUAAUAUCCUUGCUAAAAAUACUCCUGGAAAUUGAGGGCUGUACAGGCCCUGGAGGAAUUUCCACAUCCAGCACCCCCGAAAAAGAUUGGUGGCAGGUGUCGCAAUUCUAUCAAAUCUAUCCCAGAUCCUUUAAGGACUCCAAUGGAGAUGGCAUUGGUGACUUGAAGGGUAUUAUUUCCAAACUCAGCUAUUUGAAGGAGAUUGGGGUAAAUGCCACCUGGCUUUCACCCAUCUAUGUCUCGCCCAUGGCCGAUUUUGGUUAUGACAUUGCCAAUUUCUUUGACAUCCAACCGGAAUAUGGUAGCCUGGAGGAUUUUGAUGAACUUAUCAAGGAGGCCAAUAAAUUGGGUCUGAAAAUCAUUAUGGAUUUUGUGCCGAAUCAUUCGAGUGAUGAGAAUGUGUGGUUCCAGAAGUCGGUGAAUCGGGAGAAGGGCUAUGAGGAUUACUAUGUCUGGCAUGAUGGCUAUGUGGAUGAAAAUGGACAAAGACAGCCACCCAGUAAUUGGUUGCAGGCCUUUCGGGGCAGUGCCUGGGAAUGGAAUGAAAAGAGACAGCAAUACUAUCUACAUCAAUUUGCAGUGAAGCAACCCGAUCUGAAUUAUCGUAAUCCCGAUGUGGUGGCCCAAAUGAAAAGGGUCCUCACCUAUUGGUUGGAUCGUGGGGUGGCUGGUUUUCGUGUUGACGCCGUACCCUGGAUGUUUGAAGUCUUGCCAAAUGCCACAACGGGUCUAUACCCCGAUGAACCUCUGUCGGGCCUUUAUCCUGAUGACCCGUUGAAUUUUGAUUAUUUAUCGCAUAUCUAUACCCAGGAUCAACCGGAAACCAUUGAUAUGGUCUAUCAAUGGCGUCAGCUGCUGGAUGAUUAUCAAAGGAUACAUGGUGGUGAGACCAGGGUCCUUAUGAUUGAAACUUGGUCCAACAUUAAUGAGGUCAUGAAAUUAUAUGGCAAUCGAACCAGGCAGGGAGCCCAAAUUCCAUUUAAUUUUCAAUUUAUUGCUGGGGGCCAUGCGGAUCUGGAUAACACAGAUUUGGGGGCAGAUGGUUUUGUGAAUAUCAUUGGGAAAUGGAUGGAUAAUAUGCCGGCAGGAAAGACCGCAAAUUGGGUGAUGGGAAAUCAUGACAGAAGCCGUGUCGGCACCCGCUAUGGCGAUAAACGCAUUGAUCUCAUGAAUAUGCUGCAGAUGUUUUUACCAGGAGCAAGUGUCACCUACAUGGGUGAAGAAAUUGGCAUGAUCGACACGCCCCUUUCAUGGGAGGAGAGUGUUGACCCAGCGGCCUGCAAUGCCGAUCCCGAAACAUAUGAUCAAUUUAGCCGCGAUCCGGAACGUACCCCGUUCCAGUGGAGUACCGAGGCCAAUGCUGGAUUCUCUACAAAUGAAAGUACCUGGCUGCCGGUAAAUCCUUACUAUUUGGUAACAAAUGUUGAAACGGAAAGAGCCAAACCAAAAAGUCAUCUCAAUGUUUAUAAACAAAUGUCUGAGCUACGACAAACCAGAACGCUGCAAUAUGGCAGCCUGAAAUAUGGCAAUGUUGGCGAGAAUAUAUUGGCCAUAAAGAGGUCUUUACCCGGUGAAAAGACCUACAUUUUACUGGCCAAUGUUUCGGGCCAUGCCAAGACCGUUGAUGUGACAGAUGUUAUUAAGGCCAGCGGGAAAUUUAAAGUAAAAAUUGUAAACAUUAUUUCAAACAGGAAAGAGGGAUAUGAAAUUUCCCUCGACAAUGUCUAUUUGAGUGGCAAUGAGGCCAUUAUUGUGGAGUCGAUCUAAACGCCCACAUCAUAUUUUAAAUAUAUUAUUUUUAAUUAAUUUUAAGGAAUAAUGUUUGCUUAUAUAAACAGAUAUCUAUAAAAACUA